AGGGGUCAUAAUUUAGUGGGUGACGCGUUAAAACCCCCCACGCGACUGGCGACCUGACGACUGACUUCAGAGCCUCAACAAUUCCCAUACUCCUCGCCGCCAAACCUCAUCCACCACACCGCCGACAGGAUGAAUUGUCAACGGACAUUAUGGCGACUGUCGCGUCAGCUGCCGCUCAGGAGUGCUCGCACCUUUUCGCAAUUCCCGGGUGUCCCAAAUUAUCCACCUCAUGCCGCCAUCCCCUUGCCCUACAUCACAGAAGUCUCAUCGGGAGGCUGGAAAACAUAUGACAUCUUCUCAAAACUUCUUCAAGAGAGAAUAAUAUGCCUCAACGGCCCUGUAGACGACACAGUAUCCGCCUCGAUCGUGGCACAGCUACUAUGGCUCGAAUCCGACAACCCCGACAAGCCAAUCACCAUGUACAUUCACUCACCAGGUGGCUCCGUAGUCGCUGGUCUGUCCAUCUAUGACACCAUGUCCUACAUCCGAUCCCCCGUCUCCACAGUAUGCCUGGGUCAGGCCGCUUCCAUGGGCUCCCUGCUACUGGCCGGCGGCGAAAAGGGAAAGCGAUACGCUCUGCCACACAGCAGCAUCAUGGUCCAUCAGCCACUGGGAGGCACACAGGGUCCCGCCAGCGAUAUCCUCAUCUACGCCAACCAGAUACAAAGGACGAGAGAACAGUUGAAUGAGAUCUUCAGGAAGCAUCUCAAUCAGGCACACGGUCAUGAGAAGUAUGGGCCCAAGGAUAUGGAGGACAUGAUGGACAGGGACAGAUAUCUCAGUGCAGAGGAAGCCAAGGAGAUUGGCAUUGUGGAUGAGAUCUUGACGCGGAGAGCACCAGAGAAGAAGACUGGAGAGGAAAAGACCGAAGAAAGCAAGUAGCGAUCAAUUAUAACAUAUAUACAUCACCGUUAUAUGGUCAUGGACACUUCCUACUUCACGUCGCCUUGUUGACAAUCCUCUGUCAAGCCCUCAU